CCAUUUUGCGGGGCGGCCACGUGAGGGACGCACGUUCAGCGGGGCGCUCACGUGACCCGGGGCGCGCUGCGGCCGCCCGCGCGGACCCGGCGAGAGGCGGCGGCGGGAGCGGCGGUGAUGGACGGGUCCGGGGAGCAGCCCAGAGGCGAGGGGCCCACCAGCUCUGAGCAGAUCAUGAAGACAGGGGCCCUUUUGCUUCAGGGUUUCAUCCAGGAUCGAGCAGGGCGAAUCGGGGGGGAGGCACCCGAGCUGGCCCUGGACCCGGUGCCCCAGGAUGCGUCCACCAAGAAGCUGAGCGAGUGUCUCAAGCGCAUCGGGGAUGAACUGGACAGUAACAUGGAGCUGCAGAGGAUGAUUGCCACUGUGGACACAAACUCCCCCCGAGAGGUCUUUUUUCGAGUGGCAGCUGACAUGUUCUCUGAUGGCAACUUCAACUGGGGCCGGGUUGUCGCCUUUUUCUACUUUGCCAGCAAACUGGUGCUCAAGGCCCUGUGUGCCAAGGUGCCCGAGCUGAUCAGAACCAUCAUGGGCUGGACUUUGGACUUCCUCCGGGAGCGGCUGUUGGGCUGGAUCCAAGACCAGGGUGGUUGGGAUAGCCUCCUCUCCUACUUUGGGACACCCACGUGGCAGACAGUGACCAUCUUUGUGGCUGGAGUGCUCACCGCCUCACUUACCAUCUGGAAGAACAUGGGCUGAGGCCCCCAGCUGCCUUGGACUGUUUUUCCUCCAUAAAUUAUGGCAUUUUUCGGGGAGGGGUGGGGAUUGGGAGACGUGGGCAUUUUUCUUACUUUUGUAAUUAUUGGGGAGGGUGGGGAGGAGUGGUCUGGAGGGGGUAAUAAACCUCCUUCGGGACACAC